AUGAGGGAGGCGUACUUGCGGGAGGUAGCCGGCCUUCGACAGCAGCUUGUUCGGAAGGAGCAGGCAGAGGCGGACCUUGAAUGCUGGCCUUUGCUCCAGUGCGAUUCUAGAGAGAGAGGUGCUGAGUUUGUGCCUGAUAUCAUCUCGCAUUUCUCAGUCCACGAGAGCCUCAGUCAGGAAGUGGAAGAUCGUCUGGAGGAGCAGAGAAAGCGAAUGGAGGAGCAGCAUCAGUCUGAGCUGGAGAGGCUUAUGAAGGAGAAUUUGGAGUUGCUCCACAAGUUCAAGAACAAAGCCAUGCAGGAGAAGCACGAGAACAAGGCAACAGAGACUGUUUCCGUGCAGCACGCCAGCAUCGAAGUCCAAACUUCGGACGAUGCGCAUGGAGCCAGCAUCGCAGCCAACAUGCCAAGUGAGGAUGCCGACAUUGAGGUGGAUGAAUUGGACUGCCUGGAUCUCGACGUUCUGGUCACUACUGUGGAGAUCCCGGAGGCACGCCGGCCCCUGGUUCAAGGUGAUGGGCAAGCGCACAUCGCAAGGACGAUCGCGGACGGCCUCGAGGGAGUUCUCAGGUUGCGCAGAUACCUUAUCCGUCGACCGUCAGACGUCCGGUCGCACAGGUGGCAAGCCACGACCGAGGCGCUAGAUGCACGGCUUCCAAGGCCCUUGGGGGAGAAGCCGCCGCAACAUCAGGGGAGCACAUGGGUCUUCGCCAAGCUUUUCUUCAACAGAAUCACCGAGGACACUUCCGUUUCCGAUCUGGAGAGCAAUGCCAGCAGCGUGGGCCCAGACCUGAGUCAUCCAGCUUCGAAGCGGACGGUCAACGUUGUGAACACCUCCGAGUGUGCGAUACAGACAGCCUUGGUGGCGUGGAUGAAAGUCACUGGAAUAGGAAUAAGCGAGGGGUCCGGAAUAAUAGACUCCGCUCAAUUCGGCUGGUUGGAACGUGGGAGCUCGGAGGUGUGGGGUGCGGCCAGCGUGUACUCUGAUCUUUCCAUCUUCCGUUUUCUAACGAAAUCCGCGAAGAGUGCACGGCGCUUUGAGAUUAACAUGUAUGAGAAGCCCUGCUGGGCCGUGUCCAACAACUCCGGAUUUUGCUUCAAGAUUCUCGGAUUUAUUGGGAUUUGGCCGUCCCCUCCCCUCAACGCAGAACUCUACUUCGUUUGGAAGGAGCCGAGAAGUACUGUUUACACCUUGUUCGCCUGCAGCCAAAGCGCCAUCGACACAACGGCGGCACAGGUUUCCUCGAUGUCCACGCAGGUUGACCCCAUCAUGCUGGGACUCGUGGAUGUGCAGGACCUGUCGUUCUUGCAGGGCUGUUUACCCAGAUCUACAGCUAAAUCGAGGGCUGAUGUUGUGACGCCUGCCAGCCUGGGGGUCGCGUGCGAUUUGGCAAAAGCUACCUGA